CGAUAGAUUCUCCAGUAACGGAUUCUGGGCAAGUGACCAUCUCUGAAGAUUUGCUAAAGCUAGGUCAAUUGAUUGACUCGCUUUGUGGCUCCUUGACGGGUGGCAGUUUCCUGGGAACUUCAGUAUCACCGAUUCAACUCCAACCACCACGCCCCCCCUGACGCUACGCCGGUCUUUGAAGAUGGACACAUACCUCCUGGACGACCAGGGUCACAGGUGCGAAAGUUCUCGGCGAACAGCUGUGAUGCUGGAGGAUUGUGUUGCUGGGCCUCGGGAAAUGGGGAAUGGGAUGGAGCAGGGACGGACUGGUGUCGAUAAAGACAGGGAGAAGAUCGAAGAAGGCAUCACGACUUAUGGUCUCGACAAGUUCGAUGAUGAGAAUGCAAUCGGGUCGGAACCUGUACCCGAAGAGCCCAAGACGCCCAACCAUCUGCACACAGAGACACGUUCCUCACCUCAACCUUCCACCAAGACUAGUCUGAUCCCCACCGUCAAUAUUGAGACCCUAAGCCAGCAAACAGACACUCUCGUCUCGUGGCUCGGCUCCGGCAAGCAGACUCUCGAUGCCGUCCGCGCUCUUGGCGUGAGUCUGGUGCACGACAUGAAUGCCUACGCCGACGGCGCGGUCGAGCAUAGCGAGAGCGAUAAUGAGCGCGAUUCACUCGCCAAUAUGGGGAAGAAUAUGGUUCGAGUGACCGGGCUGCUUGAUUUGUGGCACGAUACACCGGAUGAGUUGAGGGAGCUGCUGGGGCCGUAUCUGGACCAGGCGUUUCUGAGGCUCUGUCUUGCCCAUGAAUCUCACGAUGAGAAUGGUAGUGCACCGUGCAACAAGCACUGUAAUCUACUCCACGAGGAGAGUCUUCUCAGCAAAGCCAACGUCGCAGCCACCGCCCCCGUCACCCGCGACCUCGCCCCACGCGCUCCACCCCCCCUCGCUGCCCUCGAAAUUCUAGCCCAUCAAAUUCUCUUCCUUCUCUCAGCGCUCACUCACAGUCCUGGCAGCAUAGAAGCCAACUAUGCUGUCCUCUGCACUACAGUGUGCAUGCUCGAGGCCUACAAGCGUCCCGUGCUGUCGAUCACAGACUACGAGCACCGCCUUGUGCUUGGUAUCUCGGAGAAUAUCGAGGGCGCACUGGCGGUGUAUGGGAAGUUGGGGCUGCCGGAGACGUAUGCGUUUAGUGUGGGGAUGAGCCGGUUGGCGGAGGCUUUUGGGGGGCUAUUGGAUGGGAUGUUUGAGGGGGCGAGGAGGGAGAGGAGCUGUUCUGGGGUUGAUGAGAUGGGGUGUGGUGAAAAAAAUUCGGCAACGGAGAUGACCUUGGCCACUGACCAGUCUGUUCCAAAGCCACACGAGUAUUUGGAUGACACAGCAGACGUCCGGACGGAAGCACGCGGCGGAGCACAACGUCCGCCGAAGUGCACUGCAAGCUGCGACAAUUGUAUGCUCAAAGACGACAUCUUGGAACCCACAGUGACAGAGUGUGGCGUUCCAUUUAAGAGCAUCGGAGAGACAAUCUCUCCACAAGUGCAGCUUAGCACGAUACCCGUGCUAAGAGGUGGAGGAUGUGACACCUCGAGCGAUUACGAGCACAGGCGCAGCAGCUUCGCAGAAAACUUUGAGCGUCUCUACGACGACCUCCUCCGACAGAGUGUAGAAACAGGUGGUGACACCGCGCCGCCCCCAUGUACAGAGGCUUGGAUGCAACUCGCCGGCCUAUUGCAGAUGCGGAAUAGCUACCUCGAGCACCAAGUCAGAGAGGUGCGGGAUACGAAUGAUAGUCUUGCCGAAGAUGUGGCUUGGCUUGUGGAUGUACAGGCGAGGCUCGAGGAAGAGCUCAGGGAAGUGCAGUCUGAUCGGAUCGCUGCGUGGACUGAGGCGAGGAAUCUCCAAGCCCAGUUGCCCAGUUCGCAGAAACACGAUGCAGCAAUGGAGUCUGGAGCGAGUGACGGGGAGUCAACCUACACUGAUAUGACGAUGUCUGGUUCUAGCGAGCUAUCAGCAUGCUGCAACAUAGACGCCGGCACAAAGAUAAGUCACAGCUCACAUCAACGCAGCUCACCUACCCACAGAACCCCAGCCCAAGACAACUUCGACUCACCCCAAGCGCCCAGAACCUCUCUACCACCUCCAACCAUCCAAGCGCACGCCUUCUACUUCUUCCCCCGCACCUCUCUCAUCCUCCUCACAACCCCCCAGAGCACAACAACCUACCACUUCCCCCCCGGCACCAUGCUCCCCCAGAUACACCAAAGCCUCAUCUCCCAGUUUCACGACGCUGUAAAGCACGACCCCGUCUUCCAGAUCAUGCACAUCCUCGACGUCCGCGAGUACCUCGGCAUCCAGACCCCGGACCCCGUGAAUGACGAGCUGAUUCGCAUCGAUCUACCAGACCUCGCCUGCCCUGAUAACGGUGGUGGAGCGCCGAUGGCCGCGUGGGAGGUGCCUGAUUUCGAGGUGCCUGAGCACCCGGACGGGUGUUGGCAAGCCUGGAACGAUGUUCAGCCUCGCUGCCGUGCGCGUCUGAACGCGGAUAGCGGGCAAACGUCGUGCGUGGAUGCUGACGAGCUGUUUCGCGGUUGGUCGUGGAGUGGUGCGGGAAGUGCGGCGUGCAGUUCUGGUGAUCAGAGUCCGUGUACUAGGCGUGUCUGCCGUGUUGAGUGCGGUGGUGCUUGUGCGCGGGAGUCGAGAUGCGGUCACGUUCAGUACCCAGGGCUGUGUUCGCCGCUGUGCACUGAGUAGCUUUGGUAGUACGUUUGGUCACGGCUUGUCGAAGUGGCAAAGGAUGUAUCUGGACCUGCGAUUUUCUUGAUAGACUAGAUACUUUCUUUGCUUUCUUUUAGUCCUUACUUGUUGCUGAGGGACUCGCUGCUAGGCACCCGGUAGGACGUGGGCUGAACCU